GCCGCGGGGCUGCUGGGAAGGGGAGCGGAGGUGUCGAGGGGCCGCGGAGGGCAGCGGGGAUCAGGCUCGGGGCACGAUGCCGGAGCGCGACAAUGAACCGUUCUCCAACCCCCUGGCCCCUGAUGGCCACGAUGUGGACGACUCGCACUCCUUCCACCAGUCCAAGCUGACCAAUGAAGACUUCAGAAAGCUGCUCAUGACCCCGCGGGCUGCGCCUACAUCUGCGCCACCGUCCAAAUCUCGCCACCAUGAGAUGCCCCGGGAGUACAACGAAGAUGAAGACCCUGCUGCUCGCAGGAGGAAGAAGAAAAGCUAUUAUGCCAAGCUGCGCCAGCAGGAGAUCGAGCGCGAGAGGGAGCUGGCUGAGAAGUACAGGGAUCGAGCCAAGGAGAGGAGGGAUGGUGUGAACAAGGACUACGAGGAGACAGAGCUGAUCAGCACAACUGCCAACUACAGGGCUGUGGGCCCAACGGCAGAGGCGGAUAAAUCUGCUGCAGAGAAGAGAAGACAGUUGAUCCAGGAAUCCAAGUUCUUGGGUGGUGACAUGGAGCACACCCACUUGGUGAAGGGUCUGGACUUUGCGCUCUUGCAGAAGGUACGGGCUGAGAUUGCCAGCAAGGAGAAGGAAGAGGAGGAAAUGAUGGAGAAGCCCCAGAAAGAAACUAAGAAAGAUGAAGAUCCUGAGAAUAAAAUUGAGUUCAAGACCCGGCUGGGUCGCAACAUCUACCGCAUUCUGUUCAAGAACAAGGCCUAUGAGCGGAAUGAGCUGUUCCUGCCGGGCAGGAUGGCCUAUGUGGUUGAUCUGGAUGAUGAGUAUGCAGACACCGAUAUCCCCACCACGCUGAUCCGCAGCAAGGCUGACUGUCCCACCAUGGAGGCACAGACCACGCUGACCACCAAUGACAUCGUCAUCAGCAAACUGACGCAGAUCCUCUCCUAUCUCAGGCAAGGGACCCGCAACAAGAAGCUCAAGAAGAAAGACAAAGGGAAGCUGGAUGAGAAGAAGCCCCCUGAAGCUGAUAUGAACAUCUUUGAAGACAUUGGGGAUUACGUGCCCUCCACUGCAAAGAUGCCCCGGGAGAAGGACCGGGAGAGGUACCGUGAGAGAGAACGGGACAGGGACCGGGAGCGGGACAGGGAUCGAGAACGGGACAGGGACCGGGAGCGCGAGCGGGACCGCGACCGGGAGCGGGAGGAGGAAAAGAAGAGGCACAGCUACUUUGAGAAGCCCAAGGCUGAUGAUGAGCCCACAGACAUCGACAAAGGACCCGGCUCAGCCAAGGAGCUCAUCAAGUCCAUCAAUGAGAAGUUUGCUGGAGCCACUGGCUGGGAAGGAGCAGAGACAUUGAAGAAGCCAGAAGACAAGAAGCAGUUGGGGGACUUCUUCGGCAUGUCCAACAGCUACGCCGAGUGCUACCCUGCCACAAUGGAUGAUAUGGCUGUGGACAGUGAUGAAGAGGUGGACUACAGCAAAAUGGAUCAGGGUAACAAGAAAGGACCCCUGGGCCGCUGGGACUUCGACACCCAGGAGGAGUACAGUGAAUACAUGAACAACAAAGAGGCUCUGCCCAAGGCAGCAUUCCAGUAUGGGAUCAAGAUGUCUGAGGGACGCAAGACCCGUCGCUUUAAGGAGACAAAUGACAAGGCAGAGCUGGACCGGCAGUGGAAGAAGAUCAGUGCGAUCAUUGAGAAGAGGAAGAAGCUGGAGGCUGAUGGGGUUGAGGUGAAACGUCCCAAGUACUGAUGUCUCCAGUAUCUUCUCCUCCAGCUCCUGGAACCCGAGCCUGCUGGGUGACCCUGAGCUUGUUGGUGUACUGUCCUUGUCCCCCAUAUCCUCUACUUUCUGGGCUGGGCAGCAUGUGUCCCCACAGCCUUGUGCUUUGGGGUGAGCAGAGGCUCUUCCCUCCAGUGUCUGCUACAGCCCCGUGGUGUGUAAAUGUUGUUUGUAGAUGUAAUAAAAGUACAUUAACUUUG